AUAUUGUUGUAAACAAUGUACGAAGGUCAUUGAAGUCGAAUAGAAUUAAAUUAUUAGAUAAGUUAUUUUAAAUUCUUACAAUGAAAUUUAUCAUUUGUUAGUCUAAACGAAUCUGUAUAAUCCAACCGUAAGAGAUAAUGUUCAAUUCAAUGUGGGGAUUAAAAUCAGUUCACUCUUCUCUCAGUCAGAACCCUAGCAUGGGUGAGAUUGAUAUUGAUAUCAACUUAAAGGUGUCCAGUUAUGAAGAGACAGUCCGGCAGUUGGAUAUUUACUAUGGUCUUGUGAAACGUCAACUACUACGCUUCCAGAGUCCCAUCACCGGACUGUUCCCCACUCUGUCCAAUGAGGAGAGGGUUGCCAGUGUGAGGGAGAGUAUUUACUGUGCUGCUGCAAUCUGGAGUCUAUUCCAGGCAUACAGACGUAUAGAUGAUGACCGAGGCAAGUCAUAUGAGCUGGGACAGUCAGCGGUGAAGUGCAUGCGAGGAGUGUUGGAAUGUUGGAUCAAGCAAGCACCCCGCAUCGAGCAGUUCAAGAAGAAUCAGAGCAGCAAGUUUGCUCUGCACUGCAAGUUUCACCUCAUCACCGGUGAUGCGGUGUUCUCUGACGAGGAGUACAAUCACUUACAGAUAGAUGUGGUGUCCCUCUACCUACUGUUCCUGGUAGAGAUGAUCACGUCUGGUAUGCAGAUUAUCUACACACAGGACGAGGUGGCCUUCAUACAAAACUUGGUGUACUAUGUUGAAAGGGCGUACCGCACUCCUGACUUCGGCAUGUGGGAGAGAGGCACCAAGUAUAACACGGGUGUGCCAGAGAUCCAUGCCAGUUCUAUUGGAAUGGCUAAAAGUGCUCUCGAAGCAAUCAAUGGCUGUAAUUUGUUUGGGGAGAAAGGAGCCUCGUGGUCUGUAAUCUACGUGGACAUCGACGCUCACAACAGGAACCGAAGCAUCUUUGAAACGUUGCUGCCACGAGAGUCGAGCUCCAAGGGAGUGGACACAGCUUUACUUCCGACCAUUUCCUUUCCGGCAUUUGCCACUCACGAGGAGUUCCUCAGUUCCACCACCAAGACUACAAUUAUCCGUCAGCUCAAGGGUCAGAAUGGUUUCCGGAGAUUUGGCAGGGACGGGUACAAGUGUGUACUGGAGGAUCCAAAACGGCGAUUCUACAAAACUGGAGAAACAAAGGAGUUUGAGAACAUCGAAUGUGAAUGGCCUCUGUUCUUCAUGUUCAUGAUCAUCGAUGGAGUCUUUAAGAGUUUGCCAGAUCAAGUGGAUGAGUAUCGCAAUCUCUUGUCAAAUGUAAUCUGCAAAGAUCUUAAUGGAGACCCAUGUAUUCCCAUGUACUUCUACGUGAGCGAGGAGUGUGUGGAAUACGAGAGACUGGAGCCAGGCAGUCAGCUUCGUUGUAACAGCUCGGAGGGGUCGGGUGGGGACGAGCCCCUGUACCUCUGGAACCAAGCCAUGUUUGUGAUCUCUCAGCUACUGACCACAGGACUCCUGCAUAUUAACGAGCUCGACCCCAUCCGCCGAUACUUGCCUUCGUAUAACAGGCCACGCAAAGGGGGCAGAUACUCUGCCUUUCAGGCCAAGCCUCGGGGUGGCACAGCCACAGACCUGGUGGUGCAGAUUGUUCUGAUAGCUGAGUCUAUGCGGCUGCAGGCUAUGAUGGCAACAUAUGGCAUCCAGACGCAGACACCACACGAGGUGGAGCCUGUACAGAUCUGGUCGUCCAACCAGCUAGUGCAGGUGUACCAACAUCUUGGUGUCAACCACAAGCUCCAUCUCAAUGGCAGGCCCAUGCGACCCGUUGGAGCGUUGGGUACCAGCAAAGUGUACCGUGUGUGUGGGAUGACAGUACUGUGCUACCCUCUGAUAUUUGAGGUGUCAGAGUUCUACCUUUACCGGGACAUGGCACUGCUGAUUGAUGACAUCAAGACAGAGCUGGCCUUCGUCAGCCGUUAUUGGAGACUCUCGGGACGACCCACCGUGUGCCUGCUCAUCCGGGAGGAACACAUGAGAGACCCCCAGUUCAAGGAAAUGCUGGACCUCAUGGCAAUGCUCAAGAAAGGCUACUGUGAUGGAAUUAAGGUUCGCAUUGGUCGACUUCAGAACCUUAUUUCUUCUUCCUGUAUUGAACAUUUGGACUUCAUGAACACUGUGGACACUUCAGAGAUGACUUUCAACCAGUUCCGCCAGACGGAGCAUGACUAUAUUGGCUAUCAGAGCUUAACUGACGUUCCUCGUGCUUCGGUCUAUACAGAAGAGAUGGACACCAUCACGAAUUACGAAACCAAACCCCUGUAUGAGGUGUUAGAUGCCAUCAGGAAUGCCACUGGACUUCAUGCCAAGUGCCAGCUGUAUGGAGUCCUGCUCAAACGGGAAGGACCAGAGUAUGAGUUCAAUGGUGCAACAGUGGAGGAGCACCUUAAGUCACUGUACCAUACAGCAGGGUGUCUGCACUAUUGGGUCGCUGUGCGAUACUGUAGCAGUCUCCUACAUCACACAGUGGACAGCAUCAGUCCCUUCAUCACCACAGUGCUGGUCAAUGGCAAGGAGUUGACUGUUGGAGUGAUCGGACGAGAGGAGACAGUGUUCGACAAGCCCCCAACACCAGCUGAGAUACGCUCAGUGAUCUACUCCCGGAUACAGCCGUACGACGUGAUACAGGCAGUACUGCAGCAGGAGGUGGUGUUGUACUGUGGCCGUCUCAUCGGCACAAACCCUGACAAGUUCAAGGGGAUCCUCAAGAUUAGGGUUGGAUGGGUUUUGGAAGCAAUGAAACUGUGCCUUAAGAUGUUGUACAAAAACCCUAAGCCAUUGGAAAACCAUAGUCCUUAUGAGGUCCGACAACUACUGUUCAAAGUAUUAUCAGUACGAGAAUGGGCUCAACAUGAACACCUGAGCCCUCUACAAAGGCGUCAGCUGGAGGGUUGCUUGUGCCGAGUGCCAGCCCAGUUCUACCUGCAGGUCUGGGACAUCCUAGCACGCACACCACAAGGAAUCCGCACGCAGGGGCACACACUGCCACACCAGCCCACCCUUACCAACAUGACCCGGUCGGAGCUUAACUUUGGACUGCUUGUCGAGGACAUUCUCAAUCACAUCCAACAACCUGAGUACCGACAGAUCAUCGUUGAGUUGCUGUGUAUAGUAUCCACCAUUCUCCACCGCAAUCCUGAAUUGACCUUUCGAAACCAGUUGGACCUCGAUGAACUAGUCUCCGAGGCUUUCAAAAUGUUUUGCAAGGACAACCAGAUGGAAGGCUGUAGAGACGUGAUGGUGUUCUUUUCUGCUGCCAAUUCUGUGACUACAGGGUACCUUGCACGAGCAGUUGUGAACAACGUGUUGAAGGGAGGACAGCUUCUCCCAACAUCAGGUGUGGAAGAAGAGGACCAUUGUCGCAUCUCCUAGUCAGCUUGCUACUGUAUGAUUGUUUUUCUUCAGAGUUUAUUGUUGAAAUCAUUACUAUAGUAUAUAUCAAUGUUAAUGUGAUAGUAUAUUUUUGAGAUUUUUUGAUUGUAUACGGUUGG